AUGGGGAUGCACCUGAGGGGUAUCAGGAGUGCUUGUAUUGAUAAUAGUUUUAUUAUGGUGGUGUUUGAGGUGAUACCAGGAGCAUUUGUGCUGAUGGUGGUAGAUGUGUUUACCUCUGAGCUGGUCUCAAGUGCAAUGGUGGUGAUAGUUGCAUUGACCUCUGAGGUGUUCUUGGGAGCAGUGACUGUGAUAGGUGUGGCUGUUUUGGUGGCCUCUGAGGUCAUAUUUGUGGCAGUACAGCCACCAAAAGCAUCACUUCUUCUGACCACUUCAGAGGGUCCUGCCACACCCUCCACCAUCACAAGCACUGUUACUGAGACCACCUCAGAGGUCACCAUAACACCAACCAUCAUCACAAUUACUCUUACUGAGACUACCUCAGAGGACAUUACAAAAGCAACCAACCUCAGCUCAGGUGCUCCUGAGACCCUCUCAGAGGAUCCCAAAACACUCACUAGCUGCAUCACAACCAUUUCUUCUGGCACUACCUCAGAAAUCAAUAAAACAACUAUACUUCUUACAACCGCUGCUCCUGAGACCACCUCAAAUGUCGCAAAAACGAUUACCACCACUGGUCCUGAGCCCUUCUCAGAAGCAACUACCAGAGUCACAACCAUCCAAACCACUUCAUCUGAUAGUCCCUCAGAGUUCAGUACAACACCCACCACAAUCACCACAACCACUCUUACUGAGACUACCUACAAAACCACCACCACAGCCACAGCCAUCACAACCUCUGCUCCUAAGACCACCUCAGAUGCCAUCAAAACUCUCACCACCACUUCUCUUGAUCCCACCUCAGAGGCCACCACCACAGCCACCAGCAUUCCAACAAUUCCUUUUGAGACUACCUCAGAGGACACCACAAUCUCUACCACUGUUACAGAGAUCACCUCAAAAGCUACAACAAUCAUCACCCUCACAGCCCUUGCUCCUGAGACCACCUCAGAUGGCACCCCAACCAUCACCACCACUCCUGAUGCCACCACAGAGGCCACCAUCACAAUCAUCACCCUCACAACCAUUGCUUCUGAGACCACAUCAGAUGGCACCCCAACCAUCACCCUCACAGCCAUUGCUUUUGAGACCACCUCAGAUGGCACCCCAACCAUCACCACCACUCCUGAUGCCACCACAGAGGCCACCAUCACAACCAUCACCCUCACAACCAUUGCUUCUGAGACCACCUCAGAUGGCACCCCAACCAUCACCCUCACAGCCAUUGCUUUUGAGACCACCUCAGAUGGCACCCCAACCAUCACCACCACUCCUGAUGCCACCACAGAGGCCACCACCACAACCAUCACCCUCACAGCUAUUGCUUCUGAGACCACCUCAGAUGACACCACCACCACCACCACAUACACUCCUGAUAUCACCCCAGAGGCCACCACAACAGCCAUCACCCUCACAACCACUACUCCUGAGACCACAUCAGAUGGUACCACAACUACCACCCUCAUCACAACUAUCGCCACCAUCACUCCUCAUACCACCAGAGAGACCAUCACAACAGCCACCACUGCUGCUCCUGAAAGCACCUCUGAGGUCACCACAACACCCACUCCCAUCACAACUAGUGCUUCUGAGACCAUCUCAGAGGCCACAACAAUAGCCACUACCAUUGUAAGCACUGCAUCUGACGCUACCUUAAAAGUCAUCACAACAGCCAUCACUCUGCCAACUGCUGGGUCUGCAGCAACCUCAGAAGCCACUACAACCACCACCAUCACUUCCUGUGAGACUACUUCAGAGGUCCCCACAACACCCAUCCCCAUCACUAGUCCCCCUAAGAACAUCUUAGAUGCUACCACUCCUGAGGAAUCCCCACAACUACUCCUAAAAGCAUUUCAGAAGCCACCAUAAAAGCCACAAACAGCCCAGACUCUGCUCCUGAUUUCACCUCAGAUGCUACCCCUUCUCUCACCACCCCUGACUGCUGCUGAGGCUACUUCAGAGGCCACCAUA